CCCACAGCCUGGCACCCUUCGGCUAGCGCUGUUUGUUUAGGGCUCGGUGAGUCCAAUCAGGAGCGCAGGCUGCAGUUUUCCGGCAGAGCAGUAAGAGGCGCCUCCUCUCUCCUUUUUAUUCACCAGCAGCGACUAGCAGACCCCGGACUCUCGCUCUCCCGCCGGCGCCCUCCGCCUCUCUCCGCGCCCCGGAGCACCCUCGGUCGCGGCCGUUCUUCUCGCACAUCGCUCGAGGAAUCAAAAGUCAGGUUGGAGUAGCGCCGGACAGUGGAUGGCCUUGACUGACGGCGGCUGGUGCCUGCCAAAGCGUUUCGGGGCUGCUGCUGCGGACGCCGGCGACUCCGGGCCCUUUCCAGCGCGGGAGCCCUCCUCGCCGCUUUCCCCCAUCUCGUCUUCGUCCUCCUCCUGCUCCCGGGGCGGGGAUCGCGGUCCCUGCGGCGCCAGCAACUGCAGGACGCCGCAGCUCGACGCCGAGGCGGUGGCGGGACCUCCGGGCCGCUCGCUCUUGCUCAGCCCCUACGCCUCGCAUCCCUUCGCCGCUGCCCACGGAGCCGCGGCGCCCGGGGUCGCAGGCCCCGGGAGCGCCCUGUCGACUUGGGAGGACCUGUUGCUCUUCACUGACCUCGAUCAGGCCGCGACCGCCAGCAAGCUGUUGUGGUCCAGCCGGGGCGCCAAACUGAGCCCCUUCGCGGCCGAGCAGCCGGAGGAAAUGUACCAGACCCUCGCCGCCCUGUCCAGCCAGGGGCCCGCCGCUUACGACGGCGCGCCCGGCGGCUUCGUGCACUCCGCAGCGGCGGCGGCCGCUGCCGCCGCGGCAGCCAGCUCCCCGGUCUACGUGCCCACCACGCGCGUGGGCUCCAUGCUGUCCGGCCUGCCCUACCUUCAAGGGGCGGGCAGCGGGCCCAGCAAUCACGCGGGCGGAGCGGGUGCCCACCCAGGCUGGUCCCAGGCCUCCGCCGACAGCCCCCCGUAUGGCGGGGGUGGCGCAGCCGGCGGCGGCGCGGCCGGACCUGGAGGUGCGGGAUCGGCUACGGCCCACGCCUCUGCACGCUUUCCCUACUCGCCCAGCCCGCCCAUGGCCAACGGCGCCGCGCGAGACCCCGGGGGCUACGUGGCUGCGGGCGGCACGGGCGCAGGCAGUGUGAGUGGAGGUGGCGGCAGCCUGGCGGCCAUGGGUGGCCGGGAGCACCAGUACAGCUCGCUGUCCGCAGCUCGGCCGCUGAACGGAACGUACCACCACCACCAUCACCAUCACCCGACCUACUCGCCCUACAUGGCCGCACCGCUGACUCCUGCCUGGCCAGCAGGACCCUUCGAAACGCCGGUGCUCCACAGCUUACAGGGCCGCGCGGGAGCUCCACUCCCGGUGCCACGGGGCCCCAGCACAGACCUGUUGGAGGACCUGUCGGAGAGCCGCGAGUGCGUGAACUGCGGCUCCAUCCAGACGCCACUGUGGAGACGAGACGGCACCGGUCAUUACCUGUGCAAUGCAUGCGGUCUCUACAGCAAGAUGAAUGGCCUCAGCAGGCCCCUCAUCAAGCCACAGAAGCGCGUGCCUUCAUCACGGCGGCUUGGACUGUCCUGUGCCAACUGUCACACCACAACCACUACCUUAUGGCGUAGAAAUGCUGAGGGUGAGCCUGUGUGCAAUGCUUGCGGGCUCUAUAUGAAACUCCAUGGGGUGCCUCGACCACUUGCUAUGAAAAAAGAAGGAAUUCAAACCAGGAAACGAAAACCUAAAAAUAUAAAUAAGUCAAAAGCUUGCUCCGGUAACAGCAGUGGCUCUGUCCCUAUGACUCCUACUUCCUCUUCUUCUAAUUCAGAUGACUGCACCAAAAAUACUUCUCCUUCUACACAAGCGACCACCUCAGGGGUAGGGGCAUCAGUGAUGUCUGCAGUGGGAGAAAACGCCAACCCCGAGAACAGUGACCUCAAGUAUUCAGGUCAAGACGGCCUCUACAUAGGUGUCAGUCUGUCCUCCCCUGCCGAAGUCACAUCCUCCGUGCGACAGGAUUCUUGGUGUGCUCUGGCCCUGGCCUGAGCUGGUGCUACCAAGAGGCAAGGAGGGCUCUGAAGGCCUCAUACCACUUGUGUCUGAUAUUGUCCAGCAGUCCAGAUGGCAGCAAAAAUGCAGACAUAACAUUCCUUCGAUGCGUGAUUUCUGUGCCUUUGUUUUGAAAGAGAUAUAUUUCUCAAGAAGCUUACUGAAGUAAGAAGAGAUGGGCUUUUGCAGGAAGGGCCAGCACCGUGGGCAUGUGGCCUGCUCCUGCCAGCCUGGGCUGCUUCCUGCCUCUGACUCUGCCCCAUACCAGUGGGAGAAACUGUGACAAUGACCGGGGCCUUGUCUGCUAAGGAAGAUUGAGAGAUUUAAGAGAAAAUGUUUGUGUAUUGCUCCAAAUCAUGUGCUUCUUGUGAUCAACCUCGGUUAUCCCAGAACCCAUUCAUCCCCGACCACCGUGCACAUUUCACAAGCGUUCGUGGAGAGGAGCACUGGGAGCCAUUUGGUCUAUCCUGGAGGCGGAGUGCAUUCCUGGGGUCUCAACAAGAAUAUUAAUUUGCAAGAUUGCAUCAUGACAGACACUGACUGACUUAUCUCAACGUUCAUCGUAACGUGGCUGAUCUGAGGUCACUUGGAAUUUGUAAACAGGGUAGCAAACAAGAUAUUUUUCUUCCAUGUACACAAUAAUUUUUUUAAGUGCAAUUUGCGUUGCAGCAAUCAGUGUUAAAUCAUUUGCAUAAGAUUUAACAGCAUUUUUAUAAUGAAUGUAAACAUUUUAACUUAAUGGUACUUAAAAUAAUUUAAAAAAAAGUUAACUUUAGACAUAUGCUUCUUACACUCACAGCCCACUUCUGUGUUCCCAAUUGUUUAAAAGAAAAAAAAAAAGAUUUCAAGAACAAAUCUUCUCUCAGGAAAUUGCCUUUUCUCCAUUUAUGAAUUUUUAUACAAGAACACCAACACAGUCCCCGUUCUUUUACUGAGGAAAAAGUGCUGGAAAUUGCAACAAACCUUUACUACCUAGAGAAUAGCAUUUGUAAAUAUUCUAAGUAUCUGUAACACUCUUGACGCCUGUACCACGUGACCAACCCACAGGUUGGUUUACAUUAUUAUUUUUUUUAAUGGGAUAUCAUAUGGAAACCUAUUUCACCAGAGUUUUAAAAAAUAAAAAGGGUAUUGUUUUGUGUUCUGUACAGUG